UUGAACUAAAUCGAUGACGUGUUUGUCGGGGUCCUUCUGGACUUCCUGGUGUGCGUAAACAGAUGACAAGUUGAGUCGCCUCGCUUGAAAAAUGUCUAAAGUAACGUUUAAAAUUACGCUAACGUCGGACCCACGGCUCCCUUUCAAAGUAUUAAGCGUUCCAGAGAGCACGCCGUUCACAGCAGUUUUGAAGUUCGCCGCCGAGGAGUUCAAAGUCCCAUCAGCCACCAGCGCCAUCAUCACCAAUGAUGGAAUAGGAAUCAACCCUGCACAAACAGCAGGCAAUGUGUUCCUGAAGCACGGCUCGGAGCUGCGCAUCAUCCCCAGAGACCGAGUGGGAGGACGAGGAGACCGACGCCGCUCGUCUCCGCCGAGGAGACCCUGACCAGACCUCUCCUCGUGCCCUAUUUAUGUACUGCUCUCCCGUGUGUGUGUUUGUGUGUACAUCUACACUCAUCAUGGCACGCCUGAUGCUGCCCGCUGGGCGUUCCUCAGUAAGUGUAUGUCAACAUCUUCAUUCUUAAUCUUCAUGAAUGACAAUAAAACGCCACUCACAUAA